AUUCAGCAGGAAGUUAAGUUUCGCUGAGUAAUACUUCCAGCUGUUUUGUCACAUGACAUUCGCGCAACAUUAGUUGCAUAAAUUGAUGUUACUUGUUUAUCACUUUGGUUUGUCCUCGCGCGGCGGGCCAAUGACAGUCAUUUAUUAUAUUAUAACACAUGUCAGAAAUCAUGAUGAUGACGCUGGCCGUUCUGUGUUCGAGAGGAAGUGUAACAAAAUGCUUUGCUAGUUGCAGCAAUGUGGCUCGUUACUGCAGCAUUGGGUUUUCGCUUUUACAUAUCCUUAGUUGAGUACCCGGUACUCUUUCAUAGUCAUUAGAACUCUCUUCUUAUAUAUAAACAUACGGACUCUGCUUCAGAGUAAUUGUCUUUAAAUGUUUUGCCCAAUGAUACAUACACCAAAUGGUAACGGCAUUUAGCUUUAAACCCACUUGUACCGUUCAAAGUGCGCGCGAUAACCAAUGUUGCCAUGGCACCAAUUAAUCAGAAAAUGGCUGAGAUAAAAUCAUAUUCGCGUGCAGAAACAAUAUAACUUGGACUUAAGAGUACCACUCACUAGGUAUCUGGUAGGCCGUGCUUAGGGUUCAAUGUUCCAAAACAUUAGCCAUUAUGACUAAUGUGACAACACGCUACAGGAAAGACGAUAGCGCAGACGCGUUUCCGCGGCUUCAUUUGAAAGGAAACGUUACUGUAUACUCUACACUUCUACAGUCUACAAGAGCGAAGGUCGUUACUGCAGCAUAUUGUUUUUGAGAUCAAGGAAAAUCUAUCUAAUAGACAUGGCAAACCCUCGAGUCUUUUUUGAUAUAACUAUCGGUGGCGCUGCUGUCGGGCGGAUUGUAAUAGAGCUUUAUGGUAAUGUUGUGCCAAAGACGGCCGAGAAUUUUCGUGCUUUGUGCACCGGAGAGAAAGGAUUUGGCUACAAGGGAUCUAUAUUCCAUCGUAUUAUCCCUGACUUCAUGUGCCAAGGAGGUGAUUUUACUCGUGGAGACGGCACUGGUGGAAAAAGCAUUUACGGAGGAAAAUUUGAGGAUGAAAAUUUUCAGCACAAACACACUAAACCUGGACUGCUAUCUAUGGCGAAUUCUGGACCGAACACCAACGGAUCUCAGUUCUUCAUAACCACUGUUGUAACCAAUUGGCUAGAUGGAAAACAUGUUGUUUUUGGUGAAGUAGUAGAAGGCAUGGAUACAGUACGAAGAAUGGAGAGUUUGGGGUCAAGCAGUGGAAAACCAAAGGAAAAAAUUGUCAUCAGUGACUGUGGCCAACUUUAAAUUAAAGUAUAACUUGUAACUGCUCUAAGAAAGUUUGUAAUCAAUAAACAUAAAACUUGUAACAUCA